GGACAACAUUGAGGUUCUAAUCAAUUACAGCCCAUUCAACAGCAAGACACUCAACAACUACGAGCAUCAAGACUUCUCCAAGAAUUCUUGAAGAUCAAAGCCUCUCUAAGUCGAAGAAUUUCAACGAAAUCUCCAGACAAAGUCCAGAAAAGAUGGCUGAAGUUGCCGAAGAUACAAAAGCUCCACUGAUCGCUGCGCGCGAGAGAGGGCCCGGUCCUGGAAGGUAUGGCCUGCCAUCUACAUGCGGAUUUACGAGUCAUGAUUUCACUAAAUGGAAAGCUCCAGCUUAUUCCUUUGGAGCAAGAUUAGAAAACUCAAUGUUCAAGAAAGAUUGCAGCCCAGGACCAGGAUAUUUUAUUCAACCGACAAUCACCAAGGUUGGCAAAGAUGGAACGCCAGUUUACUCAAUUCUUGGCAGGCAAAAGGAUCCAAAUACCUUCAAGACACCAGCUCCAGGGACAUAUUCACCAGAAAAGGUACACCCACAAGGAGAACGACAUGCUCCAGCUUAUUCCAUGGCUGCAAGAACAAGAUAUAGAAAACGAGAUGCAACUCCAUCACCAAAUUCCUAUAGCCUGCCGAGUCUAAUUGGUCCAAAAGUACCCAACAAAUACUCCUCCUCUUCUUACUCAAUGACGGCACGAGCAAAGACAGGAGGAUUCUCUGAGGAUCUUGCCAAGACCCCUGGACCAGGGCGCUACAACACAACAAGACCAGACACCUAUAAGCUCAAGGCACCUGGGUAUUCUAUGCUCAGCAGGAGCUACAUGCCUGGAGACUCUACUAAGAAGCCAGGUCCAGGAGCACACAGCCCAGAGAAGGUGUACGUCAACAAACAAAAAGCACCUGCCUGUUCUCUUGGAAUACGCCAUAGUGAAUUCAUCACUCCACUUAUCAUUGAUGUCUCAGAUUAAAAUAAUCCUCUUAAAAACUUUUAUCCUUCAACAAACACAUGAAAAUUAAUAUGUAAAAAAGAUUACCUCAGGAAAUUGAAAUUCGGUGUGUGAAAAAAUUUAUUAUAUUCUUAGAAAAUGUGUUCCAUUAAUUUUACAGUUCGAAUUGUAUUUUGUUAAGUUUUCAUAUGCUUGAAACUGUAUCUUUUCUAAGGUGCCUUUUCUUCAGAAAAAAUAUAUAAAAAAAGAAUGGUAUUUGGUAUUUAAUAAAUUUAAAGUCAUCAUUGUCAAAGAGUGGUUUAGCUAAGAAACCCUUUAAUAAUCGUUAACAUUAUUGCACAACUGAAGGCUUGAAAUAGAAUAACAUAAAUGGCCAUUUAAAAAAAUGUUUUUGCAUAAGGCAAAUCCUUUUCAUGGUGAGAUAAUUUCCCUUGCCAUUUUAUUAUUUUAUUUGAAAGAUUAAAUUUUCUUUAGCUUACCAGAAGUAAAAAUUAAAUGUGAUCUACAUUUUUCUUGAUAACUUUUCAAUCGAGACAUUGAAGGACUUGCUUAUCUUCAUAUCUAUACACACUCUAUAUAUGUUGAAAAGGUCCUAAUAAACGGACGAAACUAGUCCCUAAACUACAAUUAUUGUGUUGUUGUUAGUGCGUGGGGGAUUAUAAAAAUCACCAUAUAGUGUGUAUAGAUAUGAAGAUCUACAUUUUGGUAAUUGGCAAGUCGCUAUUUCAAGCCCUACAAUCCUAAAAUACAAAGUUAUAUGAGAAUCUAGAAGAUUCUGGAUGUGUUGUGUUUUACAAUAAUAUAUACAAUCAUAGCUUUUGCUGAAUACAUUUUAUUAUAAAAAUGAGUUUUCAUAGUAUGUUACAUGAUGUUUUGUACUUGUCUAGCUUCAUUGCACAAAAUAAAAGCACUUGUACAUGGAA